CUUCUCAAAAACGAAAUCUAAAAGUUCCAGAAAACAAAUUAAUUUGUUUUCUUUAGAUUUAAGAGGUGUUUAGUGUUACUAAAAAUCUAAAAUAGAUCCAAAAAAAAUUCUAAAAAAGUUGAAUUUAAUACAAAAGUAAAAUAAAAUAAAAAAAGGAAAAAAACAGAAAAAGGAGCUGUUAAUGAACGCAACAGCGGCAAGGCUUCGUUGGAUCAAAUCGAAGCUGCAAUGCCUAUGCCCACUUUCUCUCUCCUCUCUUCUUCCCCACUUUCUUUCUGCAACUCCAAUCCUUCCUCCAUUUUUUCUUCUCAAUAACUUCCCCCUGUUUUUUUUUUCAAAACAUAAAUAAAUUAAUCCGUUUCUUUGAGGUUGAGGAAAUUGAUAAUUCGGGAAAAUAGUGUGAGAGAAAAAUAAGGGAAUUAAUACCAAAAAUUUAAUUCCUCCCUCAUUUAAUUUAAUAAUUAUUGGUAUUUAUUAAAUAAGUAAGUAAUUCCCUUUUGUUUUCAAUGGGGGUUACCUUCCAAAUUUCUCUUCAUCUUCAUUACGAAAUACAAAAACCCAAUUAGGGUUUGUUCAUCUAUUGAUUCUUUUCUAUAAUUUUUUAAAAGUUUCAAUAAUUUCCCUGAAAAAUUGAUUCAAUUUUACAUGGAACCUCGAGUUGGUAACAAGUUUCGGCUAGGUCGGAAGAUCGGAAGUGGCUCCUUUGGAGAGAUCUACCUUGGUACCAAUGUACAAACCAAUGAGGAGGUUGCAAUCAAGCUUGAAAACGUGAAAACAAAGCAUCCUCAACUGCUGUAUGAGUCCAAAUUAUAUAAAAUUCUGCAAGGAGGAACUGGAAUUCCUAACGUAAGAUGGUUUGGUGUUGAAGGAGACUACAAUGUUCUAGUCAUAGAUUUACUUGGGCCCAGCUUAGAAGAUUUGUUCAACUUCUGUAGUAGGAAAUUUUCGUUGAAGACUGUUCUUAUGCUUGCAGAUCAGAUGAUCAAUCGAGUUGAAUUUGUUCAUUCUAAGUCAUUCUUGCAUCGAGAUAUCAAGCCUGAUAACUUCCUCAUGGGGUUAGGGCGGCGUGCCAAUCAGGUAUAUAUGAUUGAUUUUGGUCUAGCAAAGAAGUAUAGAGACAGUACAACCCAUCAACAUAUUCCUUAUAGGGAGAACAAGAAUUUGACUGGGACUGCUAGAUAUGCAAGCAUGAACACUCACUUAGGAAUUGAACAAAGUCGGAGGGACGACUUAGAAUCACUGGGUUAUGUUCUGAUGUAUUUUUUAAGAGGAAGUCUCCCCUGGCAGGGCCUGAAAGCUGGGACCAAGAAGCAGAAGUAUGAAAAGAUUAGUGAGAAAAAGGUCUCGACUUCUAUAGAGGCUUUAUGUCGAGGUUAUCCAACAGAAUUUGCAUCCUACUUCCAUUAUUGCCGUUCAUUGCGGUUUGAUGAUAAGCCAGAUUAUGCCUAUUUGAAAAGGAUCUUCCGAGACCUCUUUAUCCGUGAAGGAUUUCAAUUUGAUUAUGUUUUUGACUGGACGAUUUUGAAGUAUCAGCAAUCUCAGAUUGUUGCCCCCCCUCCACGUGCUAUUGGUGCUGCUGGACCAAGCUCUGGGCUGCCUCAUGGUGCUAGUGACAGACAACCUGGUGCUGAGGAAGGGAGACCUUCUAAUUGGCUUUCCGCGGAUUCAUCUCGUAGGAGAAUGGCGAGUUUGCCUAAGCAGAAAAGUCCCGUUGGAAAUGAUCCAAUUUCAGCCAAAGACCCCGUGCUAUCUAGUACUCUUGUGAGAACGAGCACAUCAGCAAGGCGUGCUGCUGGGUCAAGUAGUCGAGACGCAGUAUUUGCUGGGAGUGAUGCAGAUGCUACACGGCCUGGUGGUACCGGAGACCCCUCUCUUCAGAAAGUUGCCAGUGGUGGGCAUCGUAUUUCUCCGUUUGUGUCAUCCGAGCAUCCUCGUUCAUUUUCUGCCAGGGUAACUUCGAAUGAUCAUAAUCUUGAAUCCACCAUCAAGAAAAUCGAGGGCCUCAACGUUAGCAAUGAAGAGAGGGUGCAGUGACAACAAGUAUCUUUUAGACCUCACUUUCUCCCAUGUAAAUCUCAGAAAAACAGUUUGUUUAUUACGGACCCUAUGUUUUCUUUUUUUUGGUCAUUUGUUUUUGUUUUUAUUCCUUUCAAAUUUAGGCUCUGCAUGCUGUUCUUUCUUUCCCCCCUUAUUAUCUUCUAAAUGUUUUAGGACAGUCGAAAGCCAGAAAUCAGAGGCAUGAAACUGGAAGAGGUAAGUAUUGUGAAAGCAUCUGUAAACAAGUUUUAAUGGAGUCCCCCUCUAAUCGAGGCGGAACGGAGAAUAUUUUACGUCUUGGUGGAUACAUUUUCAUGCUUGAA